AUUUAUCAUUGUAUCAAUCAUCCUUAAACAAAAAACUACUUUAUGUCUUUGCAUUUUAAUCCAAAGUUAGAUAUAUGUCAGAACGCGAGGGAAAUGGUUGUUUGUUUAUCAUUUUAAGAUAAGAAAUACUUUGUCGAUUCUCGUAUAGAAUUCUUAGUUUACGGAUGUAAGUCAAAAAUAGUGCAAUGAAAUCACUCGAGAAAACGGAAACGGCUGUAAAUAUAAAAGCACCAUGGGGUAAUCUAACCGCAUUAACAUGGGGUGAUGCGUUAAAUCCUCCAGUAUUACUCUGUCCUGGGAGAAUGGAGCCUUGUACAGCAUUCAGACCUCUAGUACUAAGGUUACCGAAUAGUUUUUUCUACGUGGCUUUGGAUCUGCCAGGGAAUGGAUCAUCGGACACUCUCCCGCUUGGAGUGAGGUUUUCUGUUCAAGACUUAGUUCCCUCAGUCUUAACUGUUGUUGAAUAUUACAAGUGGAAAAACUUCAUUUUUAUCGGCCAUUCUUUGGGAGCAGCUAUUGGUAAAUAUUUCAACCUGGCGUACCCUGGACGUGUGACGAAGAUGGUGGAAUUAGAUCCUAUACCGGCUUACAAUACGGACGUAGAUAUGCCCAUCGAAGACUGGUACCAUUACUAUUACGGCAACUAUUACAAAGAGGAUAGUUACAAGAAACACAAUGCUGGUAUUGAAACUGCACCCAAAUAUACAUUGGAGAAGAUAAAAGAAUUGGUGCAAAGUGUUCAAGGUUUAACCGAUGAAGCAUUGAAACAUCAGCUAGAGAGAAUGAUUGAACCAGCUGGGGAUGGAUUGUAUAGAUUCACUUACGAUCAACGUAUGAAGCACGUGACCCUUUUACCGUUUCCUAGUGAAUUUUUAAAGAAAAUCUACACAGCGCCCACAACGCCGACUUUCGCUAUAUUAGCUGAGGAAAUGGUCGACUUGGGCGCAUACGAUGACGUACCGUUUUUAAGAGAUCCUUCCGCAUGGCCUAAUAAAAAUUUCAGAUAUAAAAUAGUACCUGGAGGCCAUGAUGUUCAUUUAAACGACCCUGGAUGUAUGGCGGAUGACAUUUCUCAAUUCCUAUUGGAGAACAAAUCUAAACUUUGACAUUUGUGGCAGAAAGCGUGCAUUUCGAUUACCUUUGCCUUAUUUUUAAUUGGAC